AUGUGCAUGUCGGCGAUUUGUAUCUUUGUGACUGAAAACCACAUCGAGUUUCUUGCGGGCAAGCACGACGACACUGUCCUCAAGACAGAGGCCAACACCGCGACCAAUGCAUUUCAUAAGAGCUUGCAGUGCAAUGAGAGGAUUGAGAAGAAUGAAGGCAGCGAUGAGGAUGACACUAGCGAGGACAGCGAGGGGGGCUGUAGUAGCGAAGACUCGGAGGGCAGUGAAGGCGGCGAGGGCAGUGAAGGAGGCAACACCGAUACCUAA